ACGCUAGGAAACCCCGCCUUCAACAUUGUUAACCAAUGGAAGUGCAGCGUUCUUAAUUUAAACUGUCUAUAGACCUUAGCUUGGUCAACGCUUACAGUGGCGCCAGAGUUUUGAACGGUGCAGCUGAGGUGGAGGAUACUCUGUGUGGUUGCCUGCGUUGCAGAUCGCGAUGACCGUCCCCUCACUGGAGGAGCUGGACUCAUUAAAGUACAGCGACCUGCAGAACCUGGCCAAGAGUCUGGGCCUCCGGGCUAACCUGAGGGCAGACAAGUUGCUAAAGUCCUUGAAAGCCCACCUGAAACAGCAAGCAAGAAAAGAAAAUGAAAAUCAGGAUGAAAGUCAGACUUCUGCAUCCUCUUGUGAUGAGACCGAGAUGCAGAUGACCAGCCGGGAACAAGCUGAGAGGCAUCCAGCUGGGCGUGUCGCCAAGACAAGGAAAAGGCGCAGGACUGUCCACCACAAUCCUGACUCCCAAGUAAAUGGACUUGUGCAAACUGAAGAUAAGCCACUACCCGCGCCAGAAUUGGAUCAUUCAGAGAUAAAAGCAAGUGAUCCCACUGAGUUCCAGAGUCAAGAAAAGCAGGACGCCCAGACUCUCAGAACUGCUGCAGAUGUUCCUUCUCUGCCAGAUGAGAACCAAGGAGUAGAGAAUACGGUGUCCUCGGGGAAAAGGAGAAUAAACGGUAAUGAAGAUUCAAAGGUACCUUCAGAAAGAAAGAAGUCUGUCUACACAGAUGGGUUUUCCAAAUCUGGAAAAAAUAAAAGAAUUGCAAGCACGACUCCAAACUUUAAGAAGCUUCAUGAGGCUCGUUUUAAGGAAAUGGAGUCCAUUGAUCAAUAUGUUAAGAGAAAAAAGAAGCAUUUUGAACAACACAAUUUACUUAACGAACUAAAGCAGCCCAUCACUAAGGGCGUGGCGGGAACUCCAGUUGGUCUCCAAGGAAGACUCUCCCUGGCCCGCACGCCUGCGAGCCAGCAGCGUUCACAGGGCCGGGGCCGGGGCGCUGCAGAUCAGAGCAGCUCGUGUGUGAAAGGGUCGGUCACGCGCUCCACUGUCUCCGCGACUAAAAUGAACGUCAGGUUUUCAGCUGCUACUAAAGAUAAUGAAUACAAGCGCUCACUGACCAAGACUCCAGCCAGAAAGUCUCCACAUGUGACUGUACCUGGAAAUACCCCAACAGGCCAGGCUGUGCUUGGGACAAACCAGUUAAAGACCACAAAAAGGGAAUCUGCUGCAGCGUUUACCCCAUUCAAGUUGUCGGCUGGCGCAGCACAGACUCCAGUUUCCAGUAGGAAACCAGUAUUUGACCUGAAAGCAAGUUUGUCUCGUCCCCUCACCUAUGAGCCACACAAAGGAAAACUUAAACCAUGGGGACAAUCUAAAGAAAAUAAAUCCUUGAAUGAGCAUGUAAGCAGAGUUAGCUUCCACAAGAAAACUUACAAACAACCUCGUCUCCAUACCAGGGAGGAGCAACGCAAGAAACAUGAGCAAGAACGAAAGGAGAAAAAAGCAAAGGUUUUGGGAACUCGAAGGGGUCUCAUUAUGGCUGCAGAUUAAUAGUUUAACAUUCUGUAAAUAUUCCUUUAUUCUGAACCUUCUUUUGUAAAUAUUUUGUACUGUUUUUCCCACUUUAGUCAAAAGAUCUUUUUCUCUGUUCUAAAGUAGCACGUGUUCAUUACCUUAAAACUCAAAAAUUCUUCCAAAUGGUUUUAACCUAAGUCCCAGUACAACUGUUUUCUAACAACACCCAUCCUAUAGAUUUUUUUAUUCCAUCCUAUAGAUUCUUGACCUACAUUAUUAAUGCCAAGUUCCCUCUGCUAGCUCUAAUAUUAACACAGUUGUGAUCCUCUUCUAGGCAAGCUUUAGUAGAAGUUGAACAGUAGGAAGAGGAAUAGGAUAAGCUGGGCAAAGUCACCUCUUCAUCCUCUAGAGAAUCUAAUCACUUAAUGAAACUGUGGGCCAUAUGGAUUGGUUAUGGCAUCAAUAUUUUACCCAUGUUGAAGUGGUUUGUUUCAAGCUUAUGCACCUUUGUUUAGAUCGUGUCAUGUAAUUGCCAUCUCACUUAAUAUAUUCUUAAAAACAAAAACUCUGUAGCUUGGUCUAGCCUUGCUUAUUUAACAAUAUACGAAGCCAUACUGAAGUUGGAGGGUUGCUGCUUUAAGGAUUACUGUGCUGUCAAACUUAUAUCUUAUUCAACUGAUGGAGAGACUGGAGUUGCUUAGCAUCACAUCCAUGUUUGCUGCACGUAAGUGGAGUUCUAGGUUUUGUACUGCCUCAGAUUUUCAUAAAUAAAAUUUUUCCUCACGGUGGUAGAUUCA